GAGAAGCUUGUACGACCUAAAGAGAAACUGCGCGUGUUAUUGCAGCAGGCAGGUGCAGACAAAGACGUUUUCACCAUGAAAGAGGUGAUAUUCUACCUGGGCCAGUACAUCAUGAAGAAACAGCUUUAUGACAUGAAGCAGCAACACAUAGUGCACUGUGCUGACGACCCCCUGGGGGCUGUACUGGGAGUGGACAGCUUCUCUGUUAAAGAACCACGAGUUCUCUUAGCUAUGAUCACACAAAAUCUCCUAGCAGUGAAAAAUCAAGAAUCCCAAUCUGUCUUCACGGAACCCAGGGGCCAGAGUGAACCGGAUAGAGGGCCUAAGGUGACGGACUCAGACUGUCAUUCAUCAUCUACCUCAGAAUGCAGGAGGAGAAGGAGGAGUAGUGACCCUGGUGAGUGUCUGCCUGUCUGUCUACCUGCCUGCCCCUCUGUCUCUCUGUCUGCCUGCCUCUCUCGGUCUGCCUGCCUCUCUCGGU